GUUAGUUUAACCCCUCUUAGUUUAUCCCCAGCAUGGCAACAAUCUCCGAUUCUCGGUCCGGCGGUGGCGGCCGCAGCCCCAUUCGUCGGAGGCGGAGGCGGCCGCCGCCUAAAACCCGUCACUGGUUUGCGGACGUGUUUAUUCGUCCCGCUCGGGCGCUAGCUUCCACCGCGGGCUCGAUCCUGACCGCCGUCUUCUCUGAAAGCGAGGAGUCCUCGUCUGAUUGGGACGGCGAGUGCGAUUCAGAUGAAUGUGAUUCAGACAGUGUUAGUGGGCAUGGAACUGAUCUGAAAAUGAAAAAGGGGCCUUUUCCGGAUAUUUCACAAAAAGGGCAAGAAUCUGAGUUUAUUGUGUCCAAGACUGAAAACAAGCAGUUAAUAGAGCAGCUCAUCAUGCAGGAGUCCUUUUCAAGGGAUGAGUACACUGGACUGAUAGAAGUUCUUAAUUCACGGGUUACGGACUCAUCAACAAAAGCAGGUGCAAAAGCAUCAAUAGUUAAAACUGCUGAUCAUGAAGACGCCCAUAAAUCCACUCAAGCUGCUCAGGAAUCACAAAAAUGGUUCCCAGAGAAUCAAAUGAGAUCAACUCCAGUGACUGAGUUGGAGCCUGCUAGAGCUGGUAAAGUAGCAUCUGCCCUCGUAGAUCCACACUCAACUAAGAUAAAUGGCACCCCAUUAAUUGAUUUAGCUGAAUCCAGACCAAUACUGUAUGUAAAUGGUUUCUCAUCAUCCCAAGCCAUGUGAAAUUCACAAGUGA